AUGUCUGGUCUUCCAAGCACAUACAAAGCCUGGGUCAUCCCCUCCGCAGGCGCACCCCUUGAGCUUCGAGACGUCGAGCUAAAGCAGCCCGGCUCCGGAGAGAUCCUUGUCAAGGUCCGCGCCUGUGGUGUGUGCUUCACCGAUGUGGCUGUCCAACAGGGUGGAAUGGGCGACGUGUUCCCCAGAGUCCCCGGUCACGAGAUUGUUGGCGAUGUCGUCGCCAUUGGUGAGGGAGUUGAUGGCUUCUCUCUUGGCCAACGAGUCGGCGGUGCUUGGCUUGGAGGCCACGACAACGUCUGCAAGUCAUGCCGCCGCGGUCUCUUCCAGUCCUGCAGCAACGCCGUCUACAAUGGAGCCAGCAGAGAUGGUGGCUACGCUGAAUACGUCCUGCUUCGCUCCGAGGCAGCUGUUUCAGUUCCCGAAGACAUGGACCCUGCCGAGGCAGCGCCGUUGCUCUGCGCAGGCCUGACUGUCUUCAACGCCAUCCGCAAGGCACACAUCGAGCAAGGCAACCUCAUGGUCGUUCAGGGUAUCGGGGGCCUGGGCCACAUGGCUAUUCAGUACGCUCGAAAGAUGGGUUACAAGGUCGCCGUCGUCAGCUCCAGCGCCUCCAAGAAGGACCUGGCGCUGCAGCUCGGUGCCCACGCAUACAUCGAUACCAGCUCCGAGGACGCGGUCAAGAAGAUCCGGGAGCUGGGAGGCGCAGCUCUCAUCCUCGCCACUGCAUCCAACAGCAAGUCUGUGUCUGCUCUCACGGGAGCUAUGCAGGCUGGUGGAAAGAUGGUCCUCGUCGCCGCCGGGGGGCCCGUCGAGUUCAACACCAACGAUCUCAUCUUUGGGAAUUCGGCGAUUCAAGGAUGGCUCACUGGAAACGCACAGGAUGCCGAGGAUAGCAUUGACUUUGCCAAACACCUUGACGUCAAGUGCAUGAUUGAGCGCUUCCCCUUUGAGGAGGCUCCAGAGGCAUUGGAACGCAUGACAUCGGGCGCUGUUCGAUUCCGCGGCGUGCUGACUUUCGACUAG